CAACAGCUGAUUGGUCGAAUGGUUGUUGUUUUUCAAACUGUCAGGCGGUGUAACUAUGAUAUAGACUCAUAAAAAGAACCAACAUGGUGUGAAAAGGUGUUUUGAACCAAAAGUAAAGGUUGUUGCUGGAGGAAACUUUCAAGUCUUACUUCUCUCUCCCAUAUCUAAUCGAGGAAACAGUUGUCACUCUCCAGCGGGUAUGGAACGUCUGUUUUAUACCAACCAUCCACUGAGGACCAUUGCAACCAGUAACACCAUACAGAAUUUAUCACCUAAAACGAAAAGAUGUUCUUCAAUAAACUCACCUAUGACAAACCUGACGCUGAACCUCAGCGAACUCAGCACAGGAAGAGUGACUCCUCGAAGAAAGCUCUCCCUUUCAAACAUUGAGACGCCUGAUCCAUCAGUCUGCCAUGUCACUGAGAGAUCUAUAUCAACUGAGUCAGGAUGUUUCUUGGACUCGCCCUCACCAGUUGACUCCCCCACCCUGGAGAUGAGUUCAAACUGCUUUGGUGCUCAGUCCAAUAGUGAAACAGGGACCUUGAAUAUCAGGAGGAAGUCAAUUGCCUUGCGGAGGAUAAAUAGCAUGCCAGUUCCGAGAAUGAUGUUGAGCCCGGAUGACGUGAUGACCGGAAACCACUCGACACCACAUGGCAACGACAUGAUCGAGUCUGCCACUCUCAACAUGAGCAUCGACACCAUUGACGGCAGUGAGUCCGGAACCUCAGAGACGUCUAGCACAUCAGACUUCCACACAAGUGGAAGUAGUGAUGGGUCGUCCGGGAAAUCCGCACAGGAGAAGAGGGCCACAUUUUUCAUUGAGGAGAGUUGUUCUCAAGACAGUGGUCUUGGCUUCGAAAGGGCCGACAGCACUGACUCAUGUAAAGACUCGAAUGAUGGUUUCACAUUUGCGGCUCCAAUGGGACUCCCCCUGCGCCUGCAGGCUAAGAUGAUCAGCGAAGAUACAUGCUCACCAUUCAAGUACUCUCCUGUGAAGUUGUCCCCAGCCCAUCGCCGGAACUCCUGCCCAGUCAGUAGCCUGGAUUUCUCUGGGGAGUUUACAAAGUCCUCCAGCUCAGAAGGUGGUGAGGACAGCCCACUAAAGAUCUGCAGACUAACAAGUGUUGACGAGGGUCAUGGAGGAGAUGACGGUUUCCUUGAUGUAAUGGAUGCAGAGGUUGCCGCUUUGACGAAUGGCAGCGGAUUGAGCUCAGCCAUGUCAAGUCUUUUCAACGCCCCUGUCCUGAACAAACGCUCUGUAACAACCACACAAGAAGAUGAUGAUACCCCUGUGACGAGGCGAAGCAUGUGCCGACGCAACAUUGCCCGAUCAAUGUCCAUGGAUGUGCGUCCCCAGCGGAUAUCAUUCAAGCGUGAAAAUCCCGACUGUGGGGAUUCACCCAUGCAGAUCUCAUUCAAGCGUCCCCAAGAUGAGAGCACGCCCAUACAGCAACAGAAACGUCAUCGUCCAGCAUCUGUCAUCGAAUCACCCAUGCAGGCCCGUGUUCGUCCUUCUCUGCACCGCUGCCACUCAGAGACAGAGGCAAUGAUCAAAUCUGCCUUAGCCAGACAGGCUGAUGAACCAGAUCUUGUUGGAGAUUGCUCAAGGUCCUACGCAUUGCCAACUGUGAGGGGAGGAAAGCACCAAAACCUGAAGUCCAUCUCCAGAGAGACACUCUCACAUGUGCUCGAUGGCCAUUAUGCCAGUGAAAUUGAACAAGCCAUCAUUGUUGACUGCCGAUACCCAUACGAGUUUGACGGUGGCCAUAUUGAGGGUGCCAAAAACCUUUACACCACGGAACACAUCAUCAGCGAGUUCCUCAAGAAGCCGAUCACUGCUAAGGACCCUAGCAAACGAGUGGUAGUCGUCUUUCACUGCGAGUUCUCCUCCGAGCGGGGCCCCAAAAUGUACAAGUUUCUCCGUGAACAGGACAGACAGCUGAACAAGGAGUGCUACCCCAGCCUGCACUACCCUGAGAUUUACCUGCUUGACCAGGGGUACAAGGCGUACUUCGAAACUGAGAAGCACCACUGUGAGCCACAGACCUACAAGCCUAUGUUGCACAAGGACCACGCCGAGGAUCUUCGCAAGUUCCGCUCCAAGUCAAAAUCCUGGGCGGGUGAACAGAGAGCUAGCCGGUCAGGCUUCAGGCCGCUCAAGUUUUAAGUGGAGACCACUCAUGCAGAGACACACACGGGGUCCAGAAACAUUCAUCAUCAUCAGAAGGACCUCGACUAGUCUUGUGAUUCCGUCCACUCAUAAACUACAGGAAUCAUUCGGUGUCUUCAAAAUAUUCUUCUUAUCAUGAGAAACACAAGCAUUAACUGCUGGGAAAUUGAAUUCAACAAAAGUGUGUCAAAUGAUGGAAACAUAUCCAAACAUUACUGUCAUCUGCAUGUGACCGGACUUCAUUGUCCGCUUUUUGUUUUUAUGAUUUUAAGUUUUUGUGUUGCUGUUUUAGAGAAAGUUAUAUCGUAUUUAUUUGCCAUAGCAGGGCGGCUGUUGUCUUGUUGCACCCUGUGUUGGCGUUGAAGUGAAGUGCUCAGUUCUGUAUAAAUGUACAUAUGUACAGGUCUGUGUAAAUAACAACCACACACAUAAUAUUGAGCACACCAGGCUGUACAUUUACCCCACCCACCCUGUGUAUGAUAUUACAUGACGUGAAAAUGUACAGAUCGACACUCACACUGUGUACGAUAUAACAUGUACAGUCCAUGAUUUGUUAUGUACAGAUCCACACGAAUAUAGUAGCAUAACGUAGAAGAUAAUUAAUUAGAAAGAUUAAAUAUAUGAGGCCCUUAUUCUUAAAUCAUCAUUUACUUAACUGAAGCUAAUUUUUAUUGUCAAAUUAAAAAAAAUGUUUUACGAGUAUGGGCUUGGCCAUAACUGUGUUCAUCUUGCAAAGACUUGCUCAGUUUUUUAUAUUAAGUAAAUGCAAUGCAAAUGUUAGAUUGGUGUGAAAGUGUGUUUGAAGAAAAAACUUGAGAUUGUCCAAUGAACUUUAGUGUGUAUUUGAAAUAUAAGCUUUGUUUUUCCUGUCUGUUUUCUUGUCUGUCUAUCUGUCCUCUGUCUUUUUCUCAUUUCUGACUUUUGUGUGACUGAUAAAGUUUUUAUCAACUUUAUUUUUUUUCAAAAAUUUUCCUGAACAAUUUUUUUGGCCAAAUUUUUCAGAUAUUUUUUUUCUUAAGAUUUUUUAUUUAAAAUGAAAUUAAAACUAUCAAACAUUUAGUAAAUAUAUAUUAACUUCUCAAAAUAAUUUGGAAAUUUAUUGAUUUUUUUUAAACUUUUUCGGUCAAACCAGUCGUGUUGUAGUAUUAUUUUCUCCAUUGUGAAAUAUGAAAACAGUCUGUCUCCUUGGAAGUCUUUGUGAGAGUGCUAGAUUUUCCGUAUUUAUUUGUUGUUUGGUAUGUGUUUGUCGCGUGUAUUAUAGUGUAGAUGUUUGUACAUGUCACUAACUUAUUUGUAAACUGAAAACUCUUAACCCACUGUUGACAUCAGGGGUCAUGUAAAUCCAUAAUAAUGUGUGCUAAGUACUAAAAACAAGGCUCAACUUGUUCAUAGUUCGAAAGAAAGAAAAAAAUGAGAGAAAAAGAAAAGAAAAAGAAAACCUUUGAAAUGGAAAAAAAUGUUAUUUCUGUGCAAGUCAUGUCAUACUUUUCAAAUCUUUUCAUUUUUAAUUCAUUUUAAUGUUUCUGCAUUCCAUGUUUUUUUACUUGUGUGUUUUAAAAUGAGAAUGUUUGCAUUGGAGUAAUUGUGUUCAGAACUUGUGUUCAAAUUACCAAUAUGUGUUCAUUUUUUCUUUGGAUUUUAUUAGUUUUAGAAGCUUUUCUAGAUAACAUAUAAUCAGCGUUUAAAAAAGCAAAACAUUUUUACCAUUUUUUUUUUACAUUGCGUAUAUAUGUAUUAUAUUUAUUUCUGUCUUAUUUAUUGCUUUGUUUUCUUCAUAUAGUCUGCCAUCUGCUUAAAUUUACUCCCUGGGAAAGAAAUAAUACAAUCACAUCAAAUAAAUAACAUCAUUUUUGUUAAAAUCAUGUUUUUUUUUAUUUCUUAAUACUGUUUAGUUUGAUCAAACUUUGUAUUUUUACAAAAAAAAGAUAUAAAUAAAAAAAUUGUAAGAAAAAAUACCUUUUGAAAGAGGCUGUUUUAGCAUUUGGAUUUUGAAUGAAAUGCAUUGAUAACAUCUAGUGUAUAACAAAUGUUGUAAAAGAAAAAAAAAGAUAUGAUGACGUUUAUGUAUUCUGAGAUUGGUACGAUCACAUGGGAGAUAAACACUGUAAGCGCUUAGUAAACUGUAUCUCCAAUAAAUAUAUAUG